CUUGAACAAAUCGACGCAGAGCUCCAGACAUGUACCGAUCUUCAGCGCAGAAAUAUUUUGAUGGAUUCACGGGCUGAUUUGAUCGAACUUAUCACACUUUUAUCAGGUAUGCUGUUCAGUUUGCAUCUGUACACAAUUGUUUCAGAAACUGACACAGCAGAGGUAUGCGAUGAACCUUCGUCAAGUGGUGAGCUGCAAGAUUCUGGUGAACUGAUUGGCAUGCAUUGCCUUGCCCCGUACAAACGUCUCGUUGACCAGGCAGUUCGCUUUCACGAUGCUGUAAUUUUAGAUUUUGUGGAGAAUUCCGAUUCAGAUGAUAGCACUAUUAAGGUAAAAGUACUUUAUGGCCAUCCAAUGGAAAUGGCAAUGAAACCAUGCGAAUAUUUUUUAGACGAUCGCUGUACCUAUGGCGAUGAAUGUCUUGUACUCGUACAAAGUGAAAACAAGCUAUGGAGCAGUGCUCGCGUUGUUGCAGUGGAUGAUAUGAAAGUUGCUGUUCGAUCGCUAACAACAGGAAAGGAAAUUGGCGUGGAUCGCAAUAAAAUUUUCCCGGUUCCUGACUCAGUUUUUAACGAUAGCGAAGGAAUUGGCGAUAUUGGUCACUGGGAGAAGCACACUCGUGGAAUUGGCAUGAAACUGUUGUUGAAGAUGGGCUAUCGUGCUGGUGAAGGUCUUGGCCGAAAAUCAGAUGGAAUCGUGCAAGCUAUACAGCCAGUGCUUUUCCCAAAAAGUAUACUAUCAAUUGCAGUUAUUGAUGGGAUCAAAAAACGUCAGAAGCGCGUGAAGCAAACUGUUGCAAAACAGCUAAGGGACGAAACGCAAACACCAACCGAUUUGUUCGACUUACUGAAUGUUAAGCUGAACAGAGAUCACGCCGAAGCUUCAAAUACAGCGGAAUGCAAAGAGGAAAAAUCACUACAGAAUUGUUCGUCAAAAGGACUUAGUGUCCGAGCUUUGAAUUUAGAGAAGGAAUUGAAAGAGCUGAUGGCCAAAAAACGCAAACUUCGUGAAGGUAUUGUGCGAAAUCAACGUGAUCGACCUACUGCUAGGAAACUGGAGGAAAGUCUUUCGAAAUGUCAGGAUGAAAUACAGCGGCUGGUUAACAGACAGCAAAAACUCACUGCUGAGAUUGAUAAUCGGAAAAAGAAGAAAGACAUCUUCUAA